AUGCCUUCUGUAGCCCACCACGUCGAGCAAAACAAGCGAGGCAGACUCUCAGUCGGUACUGAACUCGAGAAGAAACGUGGCAUGGUGGCCUCACCCGCUGCCACAAAGCCUAGCUUCAAAUCUCGCGUGGCGGCCCACUUCAAGAAAUGGUGGUGGGCGCACCUUAUCGCAUUCGUUGUAGUCGUGCUCGUCGUGACCCUUCCGGUGGUAUAUGUCGGCUAUCCAAACAUCGCACAAGACAACAUUAACGACUCGAAACUGGAAGUCAAGUCGAUGGCGAUCAGUGAACCGACACCGGAUUCAUUCCAUGUGGACCAGCAGCAGGUCAUCUGGACGGACAGCAUGUAUCAUCCAACCAUCUAUAGCUUUAACGCAAGUGUCGGUCUCCUGGGCGCAGCCCCAUUCGGCAUCGCGACCAUUCCGCAGCUCAAGUCGAGGGACGGAGUCGAGGUGCAUGUAGAUCAGCGCCUGGACUUGACUGAUGCGUCUGCAUUCGGCGACUUCGCCAUAGCGGUGAUGCAGAAUGAAUAUGUUGACCUCAAUGUUUAUGGGAGACCGGACUUGAAGCAGGGGGGCUUGCCAAAGAUCACCGUGACGUACAACCACACCGCUCAUAUGAAGGGCCUUAACAAGCUAGAGGGAUUCUCGCUGUCUGGCGUGCAUCUUCUUACCACGCCGGCAUCCGACGGAACGAACACCCAAGGACAGGUUCUGAUCCCCAACCCGUCGGUGAUGACGAUCAACUUGGGUAAUGUGACCCUCGAUCUCUCCGUGAAUGGGACCGCCAUUGGCAAAUCGUACAUCCAAGAUCUACUGUUGAAACCUGGUGAUAACAAAUUUGCCAUGACUGCCGAAGUAGACAAACUGACCUUGGUUGGUUUGAUGACGAAAUAUCCGGGUACAAUUGUCCCUGUGGACAUCACCGGCUCUGAGACCAACUCGAGUGUGUACGACGGCAAGGCUCUCUCCUAUUUCUCGAGGGCUUUGGCAUCGAACAAAUUACGGGUUGACCUGAACAUCACCGAGGUGGUGGGUUCGAGUAUGAGUUCGCGUUAA